UGGAAUGGACUCGCUAGGCGGGGGCGACGAAGGAGGGAGCCUAGGAGGAUGAGACGCCCAGAGGUGCCCCACCCACAGCAGACCUUGAUCGGUAUAUAAGGUCGGCGCAGGACAGUCUCCGCCAGACGGCUCCUCCUCGUUGGUCAUCAUGAACGCUCUGACUGUGCUCUGCCUGGCGGUGGCGGUGGCCAGCGGCACCGGCCAGCUGGUGGGCUACCCACAGGUGUACGGCUACCCCGGAAUCCUGAGUGCCUACCCCGGCUUCCUGCCUUCUGUGACACCCAUCACCCUUAAGACCGUGGCCCCCAGCCCCUUCACCCUGAAGACCGUGGCUCCUGCUCCCAUUACAUUUAAAAAUGUGGCCUCUGAGCCCAUCACCAUCAAGGCAGCGUCUCCAAUCACCUACAAUGUAGCCCCCGUGGCCCCUGUGGCUCCCAUCCAGUCCAAGUUCCACGCCCAGGACGAGCUGGGCCAGUACUCCUUCGGCUACGCCGGCGGCCCCGCCUCCCGCGCCGAAACCCGCGACGCCUUCGGAAUUGUGCGCGGCUCCUACAACUACGUGGACCCUGAGGGCAAGCUGCAGACCCAGAACUACGUGGCCGACGCCCUGGGCUUCCGCGUGGCCGGCACCAACCUGCCGGUGGCUCCUGCGGCCCCCGAGGUCCCCGCCCUUGUCGGACCCGAGCCCGUCCAGGACACCCCCGAGGUCGCCGCCGCCAAGGCAUCUUUCAGGAGUCUGCUUGAGAAGGCCGCGGCUGCUCCCGAGACUGCUGCAGAGCCCGCCCCUGAGGCUGCCGCCGAAUCCACAUCAGAGAGCCGCAAGAAGCGAGCGAUCGUGGCCGCCCCCGCCGUCCUCCCUUACGCCUCUCCCUUCCACUUCCCUUAUGCCCACACUGCUCCCCUGACCUACUCUCACCCCUGGGCUUACUCUGGCGCCCUCCCCGCCGUCACCGGCUACACAGGAAUCCCUGCCAUCACUGCCUACACGGGAAUCCCCGCCGCAACUACCUACGCCGCCGCCGCUCCUGCCGCUCCGAAAGACGCCACCCUCCUGAGGGUGGAGAACAACCCCGGCCACGCUGUCUCUUACCGCGUUGACUAGACGAGCCGACACAGUCAGAGGUGUGCUGUCUCUUGACACCCAACACAACAUCGCUGAAGGAGGAACACGACGCAGGGAGGAACGACACGAUUUUGUCUGCUCGGCGCGGCGCCAUCGUCCCUGCCCCCUCCUCCCUCCGACGGGCGCUCAGGCAGCAGCGGUUCAUCGGCGGUGAAAACAAAUAUUCUGCGUUUUGAUGACAAAUAAAACAUUCUUCAGCAUUAUGACAAA